AUGACGCCUGCUAUCAGAACAGUUGGGGUUGUGGGCACUGGUGUCAUCGGAGCUAGCUGGACUGCUUUGUUCCUCGCAAAUGGACUUCGGGUUUUAGUCUCCGAUCCUGCUCUGAGUGCGAAGGAUCACGUGAUGACCUAUCUGGAAGGGGUGUGGCCAUCGCUGGAACAGCUGGGCCUACACCCAGAUGCAUCACUGUCUAAUUGCAGCUUUGUUGGUGAAAGCUUAGACAACCAUUGCGGAGAGGUUGAUUUCAUCCAGGAGAAUGCACCAGAGAGACUUGAGCUAAAGAUUAAGCUCUUCGCGACCUUGGAUGCGAAGACACGAAAGGAUGUGGUCAUUGCUUCGUCUUCGUCCGGAAUUCCCUCCUCGCAAUUUAUUGCGGAAUGCAAGAACCCCCAGCGCAUUCUCAUUGGCCACCCGUUCAACCCCCCACAUCUGAUGCCCCUUGUCGAGGUCGUUCCUCACCCUCGUACUCAUGAUCGCGCUAUUACAACCGCCGUAGAAUUUUAUAAAUCACUUGGAAAGUCGCCAGUCCAUAUUCAACAAGAAACCCCCGGCUUUAUUGCCAAUCGGCUCCAGGCAGCUCUUGUCAACGAGGCAUACAGCCUGGUGCAGAGAGGUAUCGUCUCCGCCGAGGCUUGUGAUACGUGUGUUACUACCGGUGUUGGACUCCGAUGGGCAUUUACGGGGCCCUUCAUGACCAACGUACUCGGCGGGGGCGGGGGCGAGGGAGGCUUCCGUCAUAUUCUUACCCAUUUAGGGCCUGCUGUGCAGAAGUGGACACAAGAUAUGAACGACCAUGCAUUUGUUCCCAAUAAUGCUAACAUCCAAAAACUGGACGAUAGUGUACAGGAGAUGCUAGCCAGGAAUCCAAUCCAGGAGGUUGAAAAACAACGUGAUGAGGCUCUCGUUGAUAUAAUCAAGCGGAAGCGCGAUACUCUUCUCAGAUAA